AUGCUCCUCCUCGGCCUCACCGGCUCCAUCGCAACCGGCAAGUCCACCGUCUCCUCCCUGCUACGACAAGCACCCUACUCGCUCCCCAUCAUCGACGCCGACCUCAUUGCGCGCCAGGUCGUCGAGCCCGGGACCGCCGGCUACAAUGCUAUCGUCAAAUACUUCCUGCCCAGCACGCCAGACCUUCUCCUCCCCGAGUCGCAAGCCACACCAAAAGGCCGCCCGCUCAACCGCCCCGCGCUGGGGCGUCGCGUCUUCGGCUCUGGCGAGCAGCGGGAGCGAGACAGGAAGGUGCUAAAUGGCAUCGUGCACCCCGCGGUCAGGAAGGAAAUGUACAAGCAGAUGAUCUGGGCGUACUUGCGCGGGAACUGGGCCGUCGUGCUCGACGUUCCCCUGCUCUUUGAAAGCGGAUGGGAGCGGUACUGCGGCAGCAUCAUCGUCGUCGGUGUCUCAGACCCCGCGAUCCAGAUCCAGCGCCUGCGCGCCCGGGACGCCCAUCUCACGGAGGAAGAUGCGCGGAAUCGCGUCAUGAGCCAGGGCGACAUUAGGGAGAAGGCGGAGCGGUGCUUGAGACGCGGGGAAGGGAGGGGCGUCGUAGUGUGGAACGAUGGGGAUAGAGGGCAUUUGGAGAGAGAAGUCAGGCGGGUUAUGGAUGAUGUGAGAGGGAGGAGUCCGUGGUGGUGGGGCAAGUUGCUUUGGGUGCUUCCGCCGCUGGGGCUGGUGAGUGGGCUGUGGAGCUGGUGGAAUAUGAGGAUGAUGCAGUUGAGUUGGGAGGAGGCGAAGAAGAAGGAGAAGGCGAAGUUGUAG